AUGUCUGGUGGUGGCAUAACCUUCAAGAAAUUCAAGCCAACGAUUAGGAGCAAGUGUUGCUUUCUCCUGUUCCCUGUUCAAGGCUCUGAGAGAAAGGGGCUCGUUAGCGUUGAAGUCAAGAAGAAGAAAGGCCAUUAUGACAUGAAGCUUUUGGCGGUGGACAUCCCUAUGGCGUCUGGUCCUGACCAACGGUUGUAUCUGACUGGAGAUGAAGAAGGGUACAAAGUCGGUGGCGGUUUGAUCUCUGAGCUAAGAGACCCUGUUGUGAAAGCCAUGGCAACGACUAAGGAGCUCGAUAAUCUUGACAGAAUUGAAGAGGAAGAAGAUGCUGAAAGAGAGCUUCAAGAAGCUGAAAGAAAGCACCGUGAGGAGAUUGAGAAGCUCGAAAAAGAGAGCUCUUAA